CGUGAACGAAGACUAGAAGAGUGCUUGAAGCAAAAGACGAUUGAAAUUGAGAGAAUCGCUUAUGAAAAUUCCCAACUGUCGGAACGCAUCCAAGAGCAGGAAGCUAAAUUAUACAAAAACGAAGAAUGUUUCACGCGUGAUAAACGUGCAUUGAUGGAAGAAGCACUGGAGUUGCAGAGGAGGCUCGAUUAUCUGACACCUGCGUUGGCUGAUAAGGAGUCACACAUUGCAAAACUUGAAACCGAAAAAGACGAGCUACGUGACAAAUUGCGUAAUGCAACAAAUGAACUGAACGAAUUGCAGAUGAAGGUUGAAGAGAAAAGUCGGGAAGAGUUAGCACUAUCUAAUGAAGAGGGGCGGCGAAGAAGCGAUACUGAUCGGCUUCUACAGAAAAUCCAUCGUUUGGAAGCCAAUAUCGAAGAAGAUAUUGCUGCGACAAAACGAUCAUUGCGUGAAGAACAGUUAACAGCUAAAAAAGACAAAGCGAUUGCCGAAAGGGCUCUGGAGGAGAAUGCUGCAUUAAUAAAAGAGAACUCGGAUUUGUCAGCGCAAAUAUCUCGCCUGGAAAUGAAAGUGAAAACACUGUCACAGGAAGCUGAAAACACUCGCCAGGAUGAUACAAUGCAAGCACAAAUAGCGGAAGUUGAGUGA